AUGGACGGUGGCCUACAGAAGCUGUUACGUUGCAUUGAUGAAGGACGCAUGAUGCUUUAUAGGGGCACCAAGUCGAUGGAACGUUCAGGGAGUGGUCACAUGAUCCACCUCUUGGGUGAGAAGAUACCGGAUUUUGGACAGCCAAAGAAAGGCUGCCAGAGGGACAACAGCAUUAACCCAGCUCUCCUUCUUCUGCAACCUCUCUCAUCUGAGCUUUUUUUGUGCAAAGUACACACCCCGCGAUCACUCAAGGUGUUUUAUGUUUCUCGUCCAUUCCCAGCUUCCGAUCCAGACAUAAUCCUGGAAGCCAAACCAAGAGCUGCGCUGUCCGGUGAAGAUGUUAGUCUGAAGUGCUCGGGGCCUGCCGGUAAUGACAGAUUUUACGGUGUCUUCACUUUCUAUCGAAACGGGAGGCAAUUAAAGAAAGGGCAUCAACCCAACUACACCAUGAAAAAGGUGAAGAGCAAACACCAGGGGAUUUAUUACUGUAAGCGCCAAGCAGGCAAGAAGGAAACCAUCUCACCGUCAAUAUCCAUCACCGUAACAGACAGCUUUCUGGCCUUAGAAGCUGACCCGCCUGUAGUUUGGGAAGGAGGUGACCUGCAGCUGACCUGUCGCUACAGGAGGAGAUGGAUCCAAACAUUCCGUGAAAUCGAGUUUUACAGAAACGGCAGACCCAUCCAGCCCAAGACGGUGACUGAUUGGCUCAGGAUUCCACGCGUCGAUUCGGGAGACGCUGGGGAGUAUCAUUGUGCUGAUCGCAAUGAGAAGUCGGAAAUACUGCAGGUCCAUGUCCAGGAACUUUUCUCCACACCAGCAUUGAUGAUCAGGCCCAAAGCUGAAACAACUGAGGGGCAACCAGUGACACUUAUCUGUUCAGUUCAGACAAUCCGGUCCAAUAUCCGGCUCCAGUACAUGUUUUACAAGGAUGGUGAUGCUGUGACUCUUAGCUCUUUUGUCAACGUGAAGCGCAUUCAUUCAGCUUCAUUGAGAGACUCUGGGAAUUACCUGUGCAAAGCAGCCAAUCUGGGCCACGACGUGAGAAAGGCAAGCAAUAACCUUUCCCUUUCAGUGAGAGAGCUAUUCUCCGAGCCUGUAUUGACCAUAGAUCCUGCAGCUGCAAUGUAUGAGGGACAAAGCAUGACACUCACCUGCUCAGUCAGAACAAUCCAGCCCGGUGCUCUGCUCCGUUACACAUUUUACAAGGAUGAAGUUGUACUCCUCGAGUCUGAUGACAGGUUUCGGCGCGUGGAAGCAGCUUCCUUGAGUGACUCAGGAAAUUACCAGUGUGAAGCGAGUGACGUGAGAUGCGGUGUGAAAAGGAGGAGCGGCGGUGUCCCCUUAACAGUGAGGCGUGUCCCAGUGUCAAAACCAGAGCUAGUCAUCAACCCUGCUCAAGAGUUAACAGAAGGAGACCUGGUGUCGUUCACCUGCUCCGUGUCCAGCGGCUCUACCCCUCUUGCCUACGUUUUCUACAAAGCCUCCAGCGAGGAAGUCUACCGAAUGACCUCCACCCUGACCUCCGUUACAUACAAAAUCGGCCAAGUCAACAGAAGCGACGCAGGGAAUUACAGUUGCGGGGUUGCAAAUGAACCGACCGGCCCUCAUCUGCACAGUGAAGCCAUUGAGGUUGCCGUGGUGGUGCCCGUGUCUGGUGCUUAUGUCACUUGCGACACCAACCAGAACCGGAUACCAGCCGGGGGACAGCUUGCCCUCCAGUGCCUGGUGAGGGAAGGCACUGCGCCUCGUUUCGAUUGGUACCUGAACAGUCGCAAGCUGGGAAACGCCAGCGCAUCCCAUCACUGGCACACGAACGGGAGCGAGCUGGCUAUCCCUUCAUUCCAGGGGCGCCACCAAGGAUGGUACCAGUGCAUUGCGACCAACAGAGGGAGCAACGGAAGGACCUUUUCCUCCAUCAGCGAUUCCAUCGAUUUGGUGCUACUAGUGCAGAGCCACACAUCUACCAUCACAGCAUCGGUGCUCCCAAUCAUCCUGGUGGUUGGUCUCAUUUCACUGCUUCUCUUCCGAGGAUGGAACAAGAGACGCGGGAAUCCGUCUAAUGCUCCACAGCUCCAGGGCAAAGCACCUGGGAUUAGACCACGACCUUCAAGCGAAGAACCUGCCUCAAGCUUUUCCGAAAACGCACUUGUGGGACGGUGUUAUAGACAAGAUUCAAAUCCUGAUCAAGUGAUCUACUCUGCAGUAGAAGCCGUGAAAGACACAGAAGUGGAUAAGCAGCCUCCAGCCGAGUUGGUUUAUUCGAAAGUGAUGAUUAAACCCUCAGGAGAAGCAGGUUACGAUGGUGACACUCCAAGGUUGAAAUGGGGUCACAGCGAGGACGAGCGGGUCACCUACGCCACACUUCACCUGGCCUUGGCUGCAGCUCGCCCGGCACCAGCCCAGAAGACAGCAGGAGGGGACCUCCGCGGCCCUGGGGCCGACAUCUACGAGAACGUCCCAGGCCAAGCCUGGAGAGCGAAGCGGGAGGGAGAGGUGUGGGCAGAGGAUCGAAACUAGGCAAACAGAGGGCACGUGGUCAACGCCAACGUUGGAGAGGGCGUCAAUCGAUUGGGGCUCCCAGCAAAUUCGACGGGAGCUG